GUGCGAUAGUCGGCAGAUCAUCAGAGAAUGGGGCUGAACAAACAGAGAUGUGCGCAGAGGGCGGCGACGGCGGCGCUUGGGGUGAUGGGAGUUUUCUUGGUGGGAUACAUUCUUGGCCCGCCACUGUACUGGCACCUCAAGGAAGGCUUAGCAGCAGUCAGCCGCUCUUCUUGUCCUCCUUGUAACUGUGACUGCAACUCUCAACCCCUUCUCUCCAUUCCUCAAGGAUUGAGCAAUGCUUCCUUUACAGAUUGCGGAAAACAUGAUCCGGAGAUGGGUGAAGAUACAGAGAAGAACUUUGCAGAGCUGUUGUCAGAGGAACUGAAGUCGCGAGAAGCGGAAGCCUCUGAGAACCAGCACAAGGCCGACAUUGCCCUGCUGGAGGCGAAGAGGAUGACAUCUCAGUACAUGAAAGAGGCAGACAAGUGCAACUCUGGGAUGGAGACGUGCGAGGAGGCGAGAGAAAAGGCUGAUGUGGCUCUGGAGGCGCAGAAGAAGGUGACCGCAAUGUGGGAGCUGAGGGCCCGCCAGAGGGGAUGGAAGGACAAGUCGUCUUCCAAGUCGCGAUGAGAGCAUGUCAAGAGUCCUCCAAGCCUUGCCAUGUACAUUUGUUCAAAAUUGUUCCACUAAUGACUCUAUUAUCUCUCAUUCUUGGUGAUUCAAGAUGAUUGUGAUGGAGAUGAUUCUUAUGGUCUAUGUUUCUUUUAAAUCAUUCUUCCGGACAAACAAACAAACAAACAAACAAACAAAGUACUAGGCUUGUC